UAUUUAUCCCCUGAAUGAUCUUUGCUUGGGUCUGCUAUUAUCCUGUAAUCUUUAUUUCUUUAGUGUGGGUUUUCCUCUUUUUAAUUGCUUUCUCAUCUUUCCUUCUUGUGUCAGCUUGUUUGUCUAUGUUUCUUAACAAAAACUCAGAAAAGGGGAAAAAUGAAGAAGAAAGGAUCUUGUUGUAUUUGAGUUUGUUAUUAGGAAUAUUUUCUAUUUUGUUAGUUCUGCUAAAUUUAUUGAGAUGAGAAUGUGUUUGUAUGGCAACAUUCAGACAUUGGUUUGCAGAGCUUUGUGAUCAUUAUAACCUAAUUGCUGCUGUCGAUUAUAGGGUCAUUUGCUGAAGAAGAUAUUGCAAGACAAGGCAUAACUGCACCAUCAAUUGCAGGAAAUGCAACUGCAAGCAGAGGACUGGAGGUUGCAGUUGCUAAUCUUCAGGAAUACUGCAAUGGUGGGAGAUAUAGUUGUUUUAAAAAGUAUCAUUAGGCUAACAAAAACAGUUGUAAACGGAAUACUUAAAAGCACAGACGCAUCUAAAGAAGUAGAAGGGAAACACUUAGGACCUGACUAUUGGGAGGUACAUGUUCAAGUGCCAAUCAAACCUAAUGAGAGCUUAAUUCAAUCAUAUGGACUUGUCAAAACAGUUGGACAAGCUAUUGGAACUCAUGUUGCUUGGCCUGCUCCAUUUGUGGUAUAUUUCUUUCGUAAAUAAUAAUUUCAUUAACAAAUUUAUAUUAACUUAAUACAGUUUCAA